AUGUCGUUGUGGGUAGAUAAAUACAGACCUAAGAAGCUAGACCAAUUAAGUUAUCACUCCAAUAUUACCCAAAACUUGAAGGCGUUAGCCAGUACUGGAGAUUUUCCUCAUUUACUUGUAUAUGGACCCACUGGAUCAGGUAAGAAGACUAGAAUUUAUUCAACAUUGAAUGAAUUAUUUGGAUCCCAAGUCGAAAAAUUAAAGAUUGACGUUAAGACUUUCACAACUUCUUCGAAUCGUAAGUUAGAAUUCAAUGUUUUGAGUUCACCAUACCAUUUGGAAAUCACCCCAUCAGAUAUGGGUAAUAACGAUCGAGUAGUUAUACAAGAUUUAUUGAAAGAUGUUGCCUCGACUGAACAGGUAGACUUUCAAAAUACAUCCAAAUCAAAUAUGAAACAUCGGUUCAAGAUUGUUAUCAUUAACGAAGCAGAUUCACUAAGCAGAGAUGCUCAAGCUGCUUUAAGAAGAACCAUGGAAAAAUACUCUUCCAAUAUUCGUUUAAUCAUGGUCUGUAAUACUACUUCGAAUAUUAUUGCUCCAAUAAAGUCAAGAACUUUAUUGGUACGAAUCCCAGCUCCUUCUUCUAAAGACAUUGCACAAAUAUUAAAUCACAUCUCAAUUAAAGAAGGAGUUAAAUUCACGACCAAUGAUGAAAAUGAAAAAUUAGCCUUUUUGGAAAAGUUGGCUGAAUCUUCAGAUAGAAAUUUAAGAAAGUCUUUAUUAUCUUUUGAAACUAUAUCAAUGCAAAAUGAAUCAAUUCCAAUCAAUAAUACUUCUUUAAUAGUAUUAGAUUGGGAAGAAAUCAUUAAAAAUUUAUCAAAAUCUAUACUCGCAUCAAAGACAGUGGCUAAUUUAGCUAAAAUCAGAGUUGUUUUCUACGAAUUAUUAUCUCAUUGUAUACCAGCAAGAAUUAUCUUGAAAAAAUUGGCCUUCAAUAUAAUCGAAAUGACAAAGGAUAAACAUCCAGGUUCAACAAUCAAUUUGAUUGAAUUGGCUGCAAUCUUUGACGAAAGAUUGAGCUUGGGUCAGAAAAGUAUAUUUCAUCUAGAAGGUUUUGUUGCAAAAGCAAUGGUUGAAUUAUCUUAG